AUGUUAUCUACAGUUGAUUUAAGUUAUCCUUCAUUAUUUAAUGGAACUUAUUACAAGCCAGAACAAAACUAUACCAUUUCUUAUCCAGAAAUGGUAAGAAAUUUACGUAAAUCUGGUAAUAGAACUCCAAUUGAUACUGCUUUGGCCAUCUUUGCUGAAUUGGAUAAAAACCAUUUUGGUUAUAUUACAACUCCUGCCCAAUUAUUUAAAUUAAGAAAGAAUACUUUGGAAUCAUUUGGUUAUCCUGACCUUAAUUUAAAGGUUCAAGUUUAUCUUGAUAACUUUUUAAGACCAUUCUCUUAUGAACAAUUCUCUAGCAAGGAUCAAUCCAUCCACUAUGAAGAUGCUGUUCAUAUUUUUACAAGAUAUGGUUCCCCAAAUCCAAUGAUGCAAGCCGAUCUAUUAUUUGCUCUCUGUGACAGGGACAAGAAAGAAUUUGUUACCCUCAAUCAACUUGAACAAAGAAGAUUGUUCUGGGGAGAGCGUCAUGGUGCUAAUCGUUUCAAUUCCUUUUAA